CACGUCUUAGUACCAAGUGCCAUUUUGUGGCUGAUGCAUCAUACGUGACAGAAGUGCUGUGCGAUUUCAAACUUAUUUGGAUGAUUUAUUUUUAUUUAUUGUAUUGUGUGCAUGACGGUACAGUGAUAUUGGAUUGCGUUUUGGAUGAGGCGAGGUCACCUUCACACCAAAUGUGUUCAACUGUAACCAACACUUCCAUUAAGCUACAAUCUUGUAACCUGUGGGAGAUGGCGGGAAUGAAUUAAUCCUGCCUGAAUGAACGUUGGAGAGCUUUUAUUGAGCUAGCGGCGUGUGCAGAAUAAGGCGAGCUGUGGCGCGCCGCCUCUAUGCCGCAUCGACGCAGGUUCGACAUACAUCGGGACGUCGCCAGGUCACUGCUGAAGAGAAGCGGGCUGCGGGGAGUGAGGUAACCUGGCCGUGAGUGAAGCUUUACGACAAUACACCAUUAUGUGUUCCUCAGAGUACCUACACCUCUAACGUAUACAACGAAUAAUGUACGGUCCGUCCAAGAUACUGCCAAACAUUUUGAAUAAACUUUUUAGUGAUUGUACAGUUUUAGUUAAUAGUGUUUAGAACGUGUGUGGUGUUAGUGAUAGCGCCAUCUGGCGUGUUUUAAGUGUAACAACGUGGCGGGGACGCAUGCGCCGUCAGGACCGGCGCUGGCGAUGCCAUUUAUUGAAGACGAGUGGUGGUCAGCGGAAAAUGAGGGAAGAAUGGUCGAUCUCUCCAAUUGUUUGCAGGAGGCGGUAGCAAACGGCCAAUCGACAGCUCAAAUGCAAAUCCAAAUGGCGACAUCUCUUGGCGAGCUGUCCCAGGCAGAGCUGUCAAACUUUGUGGGAGGACUAACUUUAGAGGCUGACUCGUCAGAGGCCGCAGAUCCUGACGAUAUCCUCAAACAGCUGGGGGAAACUGCUUUUGACAAUUUUGAUACGUUUUUUACCGAUUUGACAAAUGCAACUGCUUCCGCUGUGCCACCUAUAGAGAUUAAGCAAGAAGAAAACAACAACAUUUCGCCAGCAUCCGGGAGCCAAUUACAAGGCUCAUAUUAUCAACAAAAUAACCAGCUUAUCUUGCCAAAUAAUGGCCAGCAAAGACUACAACAGCUGCUAAGAUCAGGGACCAGUGCCAUUAACAGCGCUGUGACGAAUACCAUUAACAAUGGCAGAUAUAAUAUCGCGUCAGCAAAUCCCCUACUCGCUGAGAAACUAGCAGCGACAUCUAGUGGCAUAAAACAAGAACCGGGAACUAAUGGUUCAGAAUACAACGGGACGAGUAUGAACUACGGUAACGCGUCGCCAAUGCAGCGGGUACCAAGCGGGAAACCUCAAGUGCACGAUGCAGGUGGAGGUUUGCAGAUUUAUUUUGGCGGAAUAGAAUUUUUGGAUGGCGAGCCUACAGGUCUGACACUAGGUGCCCGCGGCUCCCUGGGCCGGGCGCUGCUUCAUGGACUCUUGGCGCCCGCCUCCGCGCCCAGGCAUCACUUGUACACCGCGCCCAAUACUGGUUCACUACCACCAUCUCCAGCUGACAGUGGAGUAUCAGACGUGGAGUCGUCCUCAUCAGGCGCGGGUUCCGCCGAAGAGCUGAAGGCGCGUCUGCAGCCGCCACCUCCAGCGCCCUUCCACACGCCCUUCCUGCCCUUCUACCAGCAGCAUCAGAUCACCAGUUCGCUUCAGCAUCAUGUUGCACACCCUAGACCUCCAGUGUCAGUGGGUGAGCGAGACCCUUACGGCUACGGGUAUGGAGGCGGGGGAGGGGGGCACCACUUCGCCGCACCCGCGCCGCCCCCCCUCCCUCAUGAUGACCUCCCCUAUUCCGUCUUCGACUUCGGGGACUACCAGCGGCACCACCAUCACAAUAAACUCAAGCCCAAGAAGAGGCCGCGUCCCGACGGGCCACCCACGCCCGGAGUCAAACGCAAGAGUCGCGAGGGAUCCACAACUUAUCUUUGGGAGUUCCUUCUGAAACUCCUUCAGGACAGGGAAUACUGCCCACGGUACAUCAAGUGGACAAACCGCGAGAAAGGCGUGUUUAAACUCGUGGACUCGAAAGCGGUAUCUCGGCUGUGGGGUCUCCACAAGAACAAGCCAGAUAUGAACUACGAGACCAUGGGCCGCGCCCUGCGUUACUACUACCAGCGCGGGAUACUCGCAAAGGUCGACGGGCAAAGGUUGGUGUAUCAGUUCGUCGAUGUGCCCAAAGAUAUUGUCGAGAUAGAUUGCUCGCUCGCGUAAGUGCAAGAAUCUCUGCUAACGGACAUUAGAAGUUAUUUUCGCUCUUAAAUUUUCACUUAGUAAAUUAUAUUUCUCUAUGCAUUACGAUCGCUUCUAACUCUAUCCAGAUCGAAUAUGUGUUGAAUAUUUACAUUGAAGAGACGAAAUUAAUUGCUCAAACGUUUAUAUAUCUAUUUUUAGGGGAAUUUCAGAAAGGAACACUUAAAUUUGCUAGAUGUUUACGGUAUGGAGUGAAUUUUGUAAAAUGUUGAAACGAAUUUUUAAAGUUUGUAUUGAUGUUUGUAUAUUGUACGUAUAGCGUCGCCUCCGACAUAACUUCCUACCUCAAAACUACGCAAAACACAUAUUAAUAUGAUUAUACAAUUUAUUCGAAACAGUUUACAAUAUGCAAUAAGUAUAGUCUAAAUAAGAGUUUUAUUAAAUAAAUAUUUACGCAACAAAAUGUUUAUAUUAUAGUAAAAAUUGACAUAUUUUCCUUCAGAAGUUAAUUAUGUAUUUCUUUGGUGCUUUAUAGCCAUUGCAAGUUCUUGUUACAAACUAAAGACCACACGUUUAUAUAUUAUUAUAUCGAUUAUGUAUAUCUAUAUCUAGCUGUUGUUCCUUUGUUAUAGCCCGACCUUAAUAACUGCGAAUGCACCUUGAUUAAAAAUGUAGGUAACCUAAAUCUUCGACCUCUGUGUCAAAAGCUAGACGAAAUACAGAGUCGGAAGUCUUCACAGAUAAUUAAAAAGCUAUAUUGUAGUACUCGUCAAGUGCAUUCCGCAUUUAUUUCUGGUUUUAAGGUCGUCCGACAGAUUUCCACAAACAGUCCGACGCCGACAAAACCGAAUUUUUCUAUUGAUAUUAUUUAGUUGUUUGUACAAAUUCCACGUGAAUUAUACGAAUGUAAGUACUGAAACCUACUGCCAACUUUCUGUUAGUAACGAAUAGUUUAAGUAAUUUGUGCGUUAAUUUGUCUUAAUUAUUACAAAUUAAUGUUUACUUGUAAGUGAGCUGUUUUAGAACACGAUCUAGAUUAUUUGUUUUAUUUAAAUUUAUGUUAGUAAGCUGUUGGACGGGGCUCUCGAAUUAUUUUGUGACAUAUCAAUGAACAUCGCAUUUCACCGCAUAUCCAAGUAAUCCGUUACAAACAAAUGUAACAUAGAGAUACCCACAGCGCUAGUUCGAGACCCCAUUUUUGUUACCUGAAUAAAUAAUAGUAAUAAUUACGAUUUGUGGUCCAAUGUAAUUGAAACAUAAUACUUUUAGAUAGAGAUCGGUUAAGCUGUAGUCUAGUACGCGUUGAGAUACAUCAAAUGAUGCACAGACAGGUUAUAGUGCUACAAACUUAUCUGAUCCGGUUGUCGAAAUUUGAGCGUAUUGUGUCACCUAAGCUGAAAGUAACUUGAAAGCACGCUACCUUCACCGGAUUGGAUCUGAUUGCGGUGCCCUGUGUUACAGACGUACAAUAUUGUAUAGUUUUACUUGUCUAUGGAUAGAAGGAGGUAAGUUUAGUGACGUACGUCCGAGCUGGGACUCCGGCAGUCCUCGCCUCCUUCCCUCAACUACCGAUUGUUAUGCGACAUUUUCUAUAUUAUUAAAGUUAACAUAUAUCAAUAAUUUAUUAGCAGUUAAGUAUAUAUGAAAUAGGAGAGGCCGAGGACUGCUCGCUUCCCAGUAACUAAGGGUUAGCGAAGCCUUAAUGAAACGAAACGUAAAGAAAAUGGGUGCUAAGUGAAAGUGUGGAACCGUCAGAAAGCAGACUCAUACUAUAAAACAGCUUCUACUUAACAUUUUGUUGUCCGCCCCGUACCCAGUGUAAACAGUACUUUUGAUUGUAAAGGAUCUCAAUGAUUUGAACAAAUCCAGUGCCCGUUUCUUGUGAUUGCGAUUUAAUAUUUACGUAAAAAGUGGAAAUUUUAUUCGUAUUUGACAUAGUUAGGCGAAAUUCUCGAAAGGACUAUCGAAAUUAUUUUCUUGCUUUUGUAAAUAUAAUAUAGGUUAACUUAUUUAUUUUGUCUCGCGUCAUUUGGGCCCGAUCUGCGCAGUCGCCGUAAAAAUCGUUAUUUAAUCAUUUUUCAAAUUCUAUUUAAAUUCAAAUAGUGUAAGUUUGGAUCUACAAAUAUUUACAUUAAAAUAAUAUAAUCGGCCACUGCGCUGAUCUUGUUCAAACGUGAUACAUUUUCUUUCCUUUUUAAGGAAAUUUCGUUCUAUAGGUUACAAAUUUUAUUGUAAAAUUAUUAAUUAUAUAAUAAAUAAAUAUAAUAGUAGGUAAUGAAUGGACCAGGCGAUGGCAGGGAGCGCUCUCAGAAUUUAUAAUUCGGCUAGUGUUGAAGAGUUACCGGUAGUAGGCAAAAUGUCUGAGCGACAUUUAAAAUUAUGCUCUUAUAAAAUAAUUUUAGUCGAAUUGAUGUUGUUAACGAAUCAAAGUUUCUAAUAAUUAAUGUACUUAAAAUUUUCAAUGUAAAUUAAUGGCACUUCAAAAAGAUAUUGUUAAAAUUGUUUUAAUGGAGACUAGUCCUAGUAUCAUAUUUCCUUUAAAUUAUUUCUAUGGUCGAACCGGCAGAGGGCGUUAAGAGGUGCAACAUGGCCGCUGGUUCCUAGUGAUGCACAUGGAGAUUGUAAAUAGAUUAUGAUGAACGCACACCCUCAUGAUCCAUUCAGUCAGAACUAGCAUGAAAAUCUUAAUGAUUUGAGAAAAGAAGAAUGAAGUUGAUAAAACAUCAUAUUCACAUGCAACGGUCUCUACCUAAGCACUGUACAUCAUAUUGCUUAUUAGAGACAUGUAUUUUCAUGCUAGGAUCUAAUGGCAUUGUUAGAUAGGUGGAAAAUUGUGAAAAUAAUUAGCGUGGAAGCAAUCAGAAGGUUAGUGAAUUCAGUAUAAGGGGGAGGGGGAAAUGACCGAUGGGUAACCUUUUGUCUACUGUUUGAAUAAAUUAAUGUUAUUCGUUAAUAAUUGUCCAAAAUUUAAUACGUAACUCGUGAGUGUUGUGUCUCGUUUAUUCUAAUUUGUAUUCUUUUUAAUUCUUGUCUUGCAUCAGAAUUAAGGAGCGGGCCAUUCGAUACUAGAUGGCGUUGUAAUCUAAAUUAAUUUAAUUUAUUCUGAGAGUUAUGUGCGAUAGUGAUUUUGUGUUAAAUUGCUUUUAGAUUAAAGUCCGUUUAUUUUAAUUUUAGUUGUAUAAUUUAACAAAAUAAUGUAUUUUUGCCCCCUAGUUAAGUUAUUUUUCUAUGUAUAGUUAGUUAUAAGUGUAAAUGAUUUAGCACAUAAAUUUGAUGCAUGAUGAUAAUGUUAAUAAAAUAUCCACAAUAAAAUA